UCGAUUUCUAUUGGACGGUUUCUGUGUGAUUUUAACCAAUCACACUCACCCAGGUCACAGCAAACGAACAGGAAGAAAAGAUGGCGGCGAGGAACGGAAAGAAUGGUCUACUGGAAAAAUGGAGGAUUGAUGAAAAGCCGGUCAAGAUCGACAAAUGGGAUGGUGCAGCGGUGAAGAACUCGCUAGAUGAUGCCGCUAAGAAGGUUCUGAUUGAAAAAUAUGGCUACAUUGAAACCUUCAACUUAGUCGAUGGACGUCUGUUCAUUUGCACGGUCUCCUGCCUUUUUGCUGUUGUAGCUUUAAUUUGGGAUUACCUGCACCCAUUCCCAGAGUCCAAGCUUGUACUGGCCUGCUGUGUCGUUUCAUACUUCAUAAUGAUGGGUAUUUUGACCCUCUACACCUCUUACAAAGAGAAGAACAUCUUCCUCAUGGCCAUGCAGAAGGACCCAGCUGGCAUGGACCCAGAUCACAUCUGGCAGCUCUCCUCUAGCCUAAAAAGGUGAUUUUUAUUUUUUUCAUUUGUUUUUCUCCUUU